UGGUUUCUAAGAUUAUUCCUGUCAACCCAACUGUAAUGUUUGGAGGAGCAAGAUAUUUGAUUGCAACUAGAAAAGCAAUUAUUGCCCAAGCCAACCAAUUGAAGUAUUUGGAGGUUUCUGGCGUAGAGAACAUAUUCAAGAUGAUUGUGUUCUCCCCUGAUACUUUAAAGUGGAUAACUUAUGGUCAAUCUGUUUCUACUAAGUAUCCAAGUGAUCCAACUCUGACAGAUGGUUUAGUCAUUGAUCCAAGUCGAUCUCAUCCUGUCAUGUGUAUCAACCCUAGUAGAAUUCUGAACUCAGAGAUUUCCCAGAUUGCAAAAUGCCAAGGGAGACCAUCUAGGUUGUUGCUGUUAGAGUGGGGCAGACUGUGUGAACCUGGAGAUUUACUAAACAUAAUCCGUAGAGCGUCUGAGGAAGGAGGUGAUAAGAGAGAAGACAGGCUUUGGUUUCCUAGACAUAGUAGAUAUGAAGAUUUACGUAAUCUUUAUAUCAACAUUACAGGGUGUGAACCAAGCGUUGAAUGUGCUUGGGCAGAGAAGCGUAUACUUACUUAUCAUACCAAAGCUGCGGAGAAAGCCCGUUUAGAUAUUGUCACUUUAGAGGCUCAGGUUGAGGCAGCUAAACGCAGAUUAGGUGAUCUGGAGUCACUUGAAAGUGAACCCCUGAGAAAAAGAGUCAAGUUAGAAAGUCAAGUGACUGCUGCUCCUCCAAUUGGCAAACCAAUCACUAAUGCUCAGCGAGCAAGACGCAAAAGGUAUAAGAAGUCAAGAAAGAAUCGUUUGAUCCAAGCUGGUUCUUGUCCAGAUGGUCUUAGUGUAGAUUCUGGUUCAGGUGGUCUGGUCCAGCCUGGAUUAAGUGAUGAUUGUGAGUUGGAGAUAUCAAGAGACAAGAAUAGGAAUGUUGAACAGAAUGCCAUGGUGUCUAGAAAUUCAGAUGGGUUGGAAGUAGCUACAUUCACAAUUCCAGACCCAGUUGAUCUUCAUGUAUCUGGUUCAUUUUACUCUCGAGUUGUAGCUGACUGUGAUGGCAUAUCCAGGGGUUCAGGUGAAAGAAAGGUUCAUGUACUCACAAUUCCAGACCCAGUGGAUCUUCGUAUACCAGGUUCAUUUUACGCUCGUGUAGUGGAUGAGUGUGAGGAUGCUGGUUUCUAAGCUCAGUUGUAUCUGUAAUUAUCAAGUUAUAUUAUUUUUAUAUAUUUUUUUUUAUAAACAUGUCAGUUUUGUUUGAACAUAGCUAUGUUGGUAUGGUUUGAUUGUUCAUUUGGCAGUUUAUCUUCAUAGAUGAUUUUCUGUUGGCGGGAGUGUUUUGCAGGUUGAAGUGUCUGCAAAUUAAAUGUUCUCAUCUAUGAAGAUUGUUCAGCACAUAUCUGUGAAGCUUGUGGAUCAA